UGUAAAUAGAGAAAAAAAACAAACAAGACUAGACAAAACGAAAAUAUUUAAGAAAAAAGAUAUAAAUUGUGAAUUUGAAACGCAACAAUUGGACAGGCAAUAUAACGAAACGUAAGCGCACAACGAAGCGAGGGAGAAAAUGGCUGCGGCCAGCAACAAUGAGUUGAGUGGAAACGGCAUGGAGACGAUGAUGAUGCCCAAGCAACCGCAGCAGCAAUCGCAGCCACAGCAGUCGAAGGGCAUAAUGAUAACGCCGCCGCCGUCAAUGAUGCCGCCCACGCCCACCUCAUCACCGAAUACACACGGCGAGUGGCCAAAUUUCAAUCCGAACAAUGCCAAUGCAUUCCAUUUGAGCCGCGAUCGUGGAGAACACUUCGCCUUGCCCCAUCUGCCGCCAUUGCCAAUGAAUGCGGAGAAUCUGCCAUCGGUCAGCCGGAGCCUCAAGAUGCGUCCGCGCCACAAGCGAAGGCAAUACUGCAGCUAUGGUAACAUUUGGCUAAAGACGAACGAGCGUAAGCUUCGGACCGCCGCCUCUACCUGCAACAUUGAGCUGCUCAAUCGCAUACUUGAAGAUGGCUUCAAUCCCAACGCCGGCGACGAGUACAAUCGCAGCCCUUUGCAUUUGGCUGCCUGUCGGGGUUACAUACCCAUUGUUCAGCAAUUGUUGAAAUAUGGAGCCAAUCCGAAUGUCGUCGAUUCCCUGGGGAAUACUCCACUUCACCUGGCUGUCAUCUCCGCCAGUUCGAAUAACUUCAAUGUGGUUGUGCGCAUUCUGUUGCAGGGCGGCGCCAGCGUUCACAUGUACGACAGGAGUAAUAAAACCCCAUUGGAGCUUGCCGAAGCAAAAUUAAGAUUGCUGCGCAAUCGAUACGAUCAUCCCACACCUGAAACAGCCAAAAUUUUGGAGGAUAUGUGCAUGCUGACCACCUUAAUUCUGCGCUACAUGGUUAAGCAGCAGCGCGAGCUAGAGGAUCUAUCCGCGCUGGAGCAACGUUUGCAGAAUCUAAGUACCAGUGAAGAUCAGGAGCAGGUCGUUUCACAAACAGCCGACGAGCUGUUGGCCAGUGUCGAACGCUUGUCCAUUAACAACAAGUAGUGCCGGUGGCUUUGGGUAGAAAUGAUGGGGGGAAAUGAUAAAAGGAAGCCAGACUUAAUUUAAUUAUGUGUUUUGUAAUUUGUUUAUUAUUUCCUAAAUUGGCUGCCGACAACACACACGUACACACCCAACCCCAC